AUGGAGGUGGAGGGGGAGGAGGAGAGGAGGGAGACCGCACUGGCAGGGACUCCGCUCCUCCAGGCCGGCUUCAAGUCCUCCAAGGUCUCGCAAGCCCAGCUCGAUAAGUUUAGGGUAAUCUACUCCUUCCCUACUCCCCUUGUUGCCCUCACUCUUUCUCUGCUCUGGAUGAUCCGUGGUGAUGGCGACUGUUUCGAUUUCUCUGGAUUUUUCUGCGCCUAUGGGGUUAUGAUGGUUUUUUCAAGUUUUUCAUUACCUCGUAGGUAGGUUAGUUCAACGGCCUAUAAACGGCAGACCUCCAAGUUCUUGCAUUCUGCUCUACGCGUCAGUUCGCUAUUUUCCUCGUAGGUUGCUACUCCGUGUAAAGUGCAUAAUACUCUAUUUUCAUGUUUAAUCCAUUAUAUAACGAUGGCUAGGUGUUGGAUGAUUGUGUCGAUUGGGAGAUGAGCAACAGUCUCCGUUAUACACGCCUAUCUAUCCUAUUUUUUAAAUCCUUACGAUCAGCAUUAAAUUCGAUAUUGCAUAAAAAUUUCCACGUCCUCGUGAAGAUACACUCGAUUUUUUGGUGAAUCUUGGCUCGACUUACCAAGAUCAUUCUCUGGAUAGUAAGUAUCAAUCUAGCUAUGCGAUUUUGAAUUCCUUAAUUUAUACGGUGGAAGUCUCUCCAUAUUUGAAACUACCGAUUGAUAAAUAGUACCUCUCUAUGGCUUUCAUGGGCCCAUGUAAUGUAGGGGAAGAUGAGGCCGCCCAAGGCAUGCGAGUUGCUAAUAUUCUCUCUUCUCUAGUAGAACCAGAAUGAAAUAAAUCGUCCAAUGCAUCCUCUCAAGUAGAAUCAGAUCAAAAUAAAUAGUCCAAAAUCGUCAAUGACCACCAACAAAGUAAUAUAUUGGACCUGACUAAUAACUGUGAUGCUUCCUUUUUUUGUUUAGACUAUAACAAAGAGGUCGAGUUUCUUCUCAGGGCACAGGUCGUAUUUGCUCUUUUGACAUUUGGACUCACAUGAAGUCUAUACUGUUGGUGUUUUGUCUUAGGAAGAUGACUGGCUAUUUUCCACUUUAUCUUUUGUGAUCGCCCAAGCUUCGCAUCUACUUCCUUCAGGCUAACCUUCGAUAACAAUGUGUAAAUGAACUUGUUAACGUUUUUUUUUUAUUCUAGCAUUUUCGACAUUCUGAAUUCUACUUAUUUAUAGGAAAAGAGGAUUUCUAGUGCGAUUACAUGAUGCGGCUUGGAUGUGAAAUGGGUUGUGUAACAUUAUUGCAAAAGUUCUACUUUAAGAAGAAGAGAGGAAAGGGUGAAGUAGCCGUGAAGAUGCAAAGACUAGGCUUCCAAACGGAGGUGGAGGGAGGAGCACACUAGCAGCAGCUGUUGUGGUUCGACAUCCACACUUGUAAAGAUUAUAAUUGUGGUAGAAUUUUUAACAAAUACAAAAAGAGUUGGUGCCGCUUUUGCUGGGAUGUGGAGCAGGUGAUGUCGUCUCCCUGUAGGCUGGCAAUUGGGGUUUGUGUCUAGAAGCUGGGAGAAUGCUCAUUCAUCUUUUUCCAUAUUUGAGCAACACGUGUUAGACUUAGAUGGGUAAAUGGCAUAUGAGUGUUGCAAGCAGAGUUGCAGAAGUGGAUGUAUUAAAAAAGGGAACUUUAUUCAAGGGAAUGAAUGGAGCAUCUGGCAAAGAGGAGCAAGUCAUGAAAAGGUUUCAGCAUUGUGUCUAUUUUUUACACCUCUCUUUGUAGAUCCGGGAAGAACAUUAUACUCAAUGGAAUUUUCUAAUCGAUCGAAUGUGUUAUCUUGCCUCUCAGGCUUCUUUUAUUUAUAAUAAACAAGGUAUGUAACUAUUUUCGAAUGCCACCACGUUCAUUUAAUUGAUAAUUAUACUCUAAAUAAAGUCUCAACUUGUAAAUUUAACAAGUCGAUAAUGAGGUAAAUGAAUGAUUGCCUUAUUCUCUGAUGUUGGAACGCUAAUAGGAUUGCUGCAUCCCAUUCUGAUAGUCACUACAGCCAUCUAUUGUAUAAAUUACUUUUCAGAAAUGGUGAUGUACCUUAACCUUGGAAAGUGUUCACGCUUACAGGAGAUGCCUUGCAUUUUUGGAAAUUGAGAGAAUAAUGCAUUAGUAGGAGUAGAAGAAUGUGCAGUUGAAUGUAUUGCUAUCACGAAACCAUCCAUAGCCCUAGUUUCCUUUUUUUUCUAUCUAAAGAAUGAAUUUUAACUCUGAAAUUGUACAUUCUCUCAUUUUAUUAGAAACUGCACAAGUUGCGUUUGCAAAUGAAAGAAAGUGCAAAGGAAAGAGGAAAAAGAAAAGGUAGUAAUGUUUUGCUGAAUGUUUUCUCUCUUGUUAGUUACGAACUUUGAUUUAUUUUGAUGUUUUCUAUAGUUAACACAAAUAAGAGUUCAAAGGGACAGAAAAAGGAAGUAAGCAUCAAAGAAGGCAAGGAAGAUGAAACAACUGCAAAGCGAGAAGAUUCAAAUAUUCCCAUUUCAAAUGCAAACAAUGAUUUGUUGAACCCAGUAAGUUAUCUUUUAAAUUUUAUAUUAUUGCUUGUGUGCGUGUUAGUAACGGUGAUUGCCAAAGAAUUAUGCACUCUUGUUUGAAUGAAUAUGCAAAACCUUUUUGUCGGGCAGCAUCUGAUUUUGAUGAGGAUUUCUAUUUGAAUGUGUUGAUGAACUUUGCAGUGAAACCGCUAACUAUGUCCACGUCGUUUUAUUUUCUUGACGAAAUUCGCUACCAUUUCUUACCAAAAAAAUAAUCAGAAAAGCGGAAAUAUUACAUAAGUCAUACAACUUUCCACAGUUCCCAAGCUCUGAAAUGCAUUCUUACUUACCCUCAAGUGAUAAACUGGAGCGCACGCGUCUGGCUGAUGUCUACGUGCAUGAAAGAUUCGGCUCGAUGAUGUUUCUCAUCAUUAUGCGAAGCCAACAUGGCAUCUUCUAAAGCAAAUUUGGUCCCUCAAACCUCUUUCAGGCCCCUUUGGUGUUCCUUCCAAAUGGUCAAAACAGUUAGUUGUGCUUUCUGAUCUUUGUCAAAUGCUUAAAGUCAACUUCCUGGCACCCAACUCUGAACGCAUGUUUUCCACAUCAGAAUCUGAAGACGAGAUAGGAAAGUUGACGGAGGUAUGGACAUUCAACAUGGAGUACUUGAUUCAAUGACAUUCGCCACCAUGUUCAUAGAGUACCAUCAUCCACUGUCAGCCGAUUCAGAGAUAGAUUUGAACUCGGGUUGCAUUACCUUUCACUUGUGGGGAGGGGCGGGCGGGUGUUCAGCCAGCCCAGAGCCAGUCAUGGAUAGGGUGUCGUGUCCUUUUCCCCAAGGUCCACGAUAGUCUAGAAAUCAGGAGGUGGAAUGAUAAUGGUAGCUUUGGUACCCGAUCUACAUAAUUUACUUGUAACUUUGUUUUGAAUCGCAUUAGAUCUUCAUUGGGUACUCCGUUUCAUUCUCAUUAAUCUUCCUACUUUGUUUCAUCUCGCUGUAGAUAACGUAUCAGGAUGAAGCUGCUGCUUCUGCUUUGACGCCAAAGAAGAGGCAGAAGCUAUACUGGGGGUAAUGCUUGAACGAGGAAAAAUCCCUGGGUUCUUGCCCAUGUGAAUGAAAACUCAGAUUAUUCAUCAUAAAUUCUUACAGAGGUUUUUUUAUUUUUUUAUUUUUUAUUUUUUAUUUUUUAUUUUUUUGCUGUUUUAGGCUCGACACCAAGGAAAGAUGGGAAAGGAAAUCCAACAUGUGA